UAUUUUCCUUGAGAAACCAUUUCCCUAUAGAUCUAGCUAUGACGAGAAAGAAAAUAAAUCUUGCAUACAUAGCAAAUGAUAGUGCAAGGAAGGCCACUUUCAAGAAAAGGAAGAAGGGGUUGUUGAAGAAGAUGAGUGAGCUGAGUACCCUCUGUGCAGUCCAAACAUGUGCAAUUAUUUACAGUCCCUAUGACCCAGAACCUGAGGUUUGGCCUUCUCCCUUGGGAGUACAAAGUGUGAUUGCGAGGUUUAAGAGUAUGCCUGAGGCGGAACAAAGUAGAAAAAUGGUGAACCAAGAAAGUUUCUUGGGACAAAGAAUAAUCAAAUCCGAGGAACAACUGAAGAAGCAGCAAAUAGAGAACCGAGAGAGGGAGAUGACCCAAGUCAUGUACAGGAGCUUGGUUGGUGAUCAAGGAGUGCAGAAUAUGGGUGUUGCAGACUUGAAUGACUUGGAAUGGCUAGUCGACAAAAGUGUAGAGGAGAUUGACGAGCGAAUCAAGUCGCUUCGAGAACAAAUAGUGCCUCCUCCCCAAGUCAUGACUGCAGGGAUGAGCAAUAGCCAUGUUAAUAGUACCGAUGGGGGGAAAUAUGGUACAGAGGCCACAAAGAACAGAGCUGAGACGGAGAUGGAUGCUUAUACACCCAAUCAGCAGUCGUCAAUGAAUCAGAAAGUGGGUUUUGGAUUGAGGAACGAAGAUAUGGCAGUAUAUCAGAAUCCUCAAUGGUUAGAGGAGUUGCUGAGGUCUAAUGAUCAGAACAUGGGCGGUCAGCUUGGCAAGAAUGAAGACAUACCUUUUGCAUUUAACGGUAAUAAUAGCAGUCUGUGGUCUUUCCCCUAAAUAGUCAUGAAGAAAUGCACAUUUGAAUAAAAGAAUUACAAGGCGAGGCAAGUACUCAAGUACUAAUACUUGCGGCAAAUCCACAACAGGAAUGAGUCAGACGUGUGAAUGCCUUUCCUUUCACAGAUUUAGGAUUUCCUAUGGAGAAAAUCUACUCAGCCGCCUCCACUUUUCUUUCUUUUUCUUAUUUUUUGUUCCUAAAGUACUCUGAAAUGCUACAAGCUAGUUCCAUAUAA